CGGCUGCAUCGCGGGCGUAUCUGAUGGAGCCGCAACGGAACCCAUCAAUUGAAGGGCAAGCACUCGCCCGUAUCCACAGGAUUGGUCAGAGCCGGGAAGUUACGACUGUUCGCCUCAUAAUGAACAAUUCGAUCGAAAAGGUAAGUAAGUUAGCAAUCAGUACCUGCCACUUGACGUUAUGGGGUGGUUACACGGCAGCUGACGACUGAUCUAGGUUAGUAUGUGACUGACAUACAAGACAAGAACAACGAUCUCAUAACGGUUCUGUUGUCGUCGAGUUCUCG